GGGAUGUAGGACAAACCUGUGCGUGAGCAGCGUUACGCUUUCUCUUGCUACUUUUGCGCUGUUUUCUGUUCAAGUGAUAUGUGCUUGAAAAUCAUGCCUACUGCAAAUUGUCCCCUUCUCUCAUUGUAAAUUUUAGAAAUGUUAACAAAGUCACUGAGAAAAAUAUAUGCAGCCGAACGCUGCUAGUAUGUUUGUCCCACGUCCCGUCCCGUAGCUGUGACGCCACGGACUCGUGUGAUAGGAGCAGCUGAAAGUGUCAAAGGAGGGAGAGAAAGAAGAGACCUUCACUCAUAUAGAUUACCUGCUGCUUAACUCGUGUUCCAUAUGGAUGUACGAAAAUUGAUUCUGUUAGGCCUCAGGAAGCAUUUGUGGUUUUGUCAUUCGGGAAUUGGUGGAGUAAACCUAGGGAACACAAUUCUCAUCCAGAACUUUGUGAGAUAUGGCACAGCUUUGAGAUGCAAGAACACACAGAGUAAAUUUAGUAGAUGUUUAAAGCAUGGGAGCUUACGAACAAUUACAUCUGAUUAUCCUUCAAGCACAAAUAUACAUAAUCAUGUGGAAUUACUUGGUAGCCUUUACCCUCGAGAUGACUAUACCAACGUCACAAGUAAAAUCCUUUCAAAAGUUGGAAAAAACUUGCACAACCAAAAGUAUCAUCCGUUGUGGCUUAUAAAAGAAAGGAUAAAGGACCAUUUCUACACAGAAUACAUAGGACGCUUUGGAAAUCCACUCUUCUCUGUCUAUGAUAAUCUAUCUCCUGUUGUUACAACAGAACAAAAUUUUGAUAGCUUGCUCAUCCCAUUGGACCACCCCAGCAGGAAAAAGGGAGACAAUUACUAUCUGAAUCGCUAUCACAUGCUUCGUGCUCACACAUCAGCCCAUCAAUGGGACCUCAUCCAUUCGGGUUUGGAUGCUUUCUUGGCUGUGGGAGAUGUUUAUCGUCGUGAUGAGAUUGACAGAAGUCAUUACCCUGCAUUUCAUCAGAUGGAAGGAGUGUGCUUAUUUUCAAACCAUGCGCUAUUUGCUGAAGGUGAAUGUAAGGAUUCCUGUCACUUGUUUGAGAAAGGCUUCCGUACAACUAACAAACAAGAGGCUCAUACUUUGGAAGCAUUGAAACUUGUUGAGUUCCAACUGAAGCAAACUCUCUCUAAGCUCAUAACACAUCUGUUUGGUGAAGGUCUGGAAAUUAGAUGGGUCGACUGCUACUUCCCAUUUACACACCCUUCUUUUGAGAUGGAGAUCAAAUUUCAGGGAGAGUGGAUGGAAGUGCUUGGCUGUGGUGUCAUGGAGCAGCAGAUAGUCAAUUCUGCUGGCGCACAUGACAAAAUUGGCUGGGCAUUCGGACUUGGACUAGAAAGACUUGCCAUGAUUCUUUAUGGUAUUCCUGAUAUUCGCUUGUUCUGGAGUGAAAAUGAGCUUUUCCUGAAACAGUUUCAUGUGACUGACAUCAACCAACAAAUAACAUUUCAGCCUCUUAGCAAGUAUCCAUGUUUGACCAAUGACAUCUCGUUCUGGCUGCCUGAGGAGGGCUAUUUGGAAAAUGAUUUCUAUGAUCUUGUUCGAAGUAUUGGAGGAGACCUGGUUGAAAAAGUGACACUGGUUGAUCAGUUCACACAUCCAAAGACACAGAAAAUAAGCCAUUGCUAUCGCAUUGUGUACCGCCAUAUGGAACGGACUCUUACACAGGUGGAAAUCAACGUGCUGCAUAAAAACAUUGAAAAAUCAGCAGUAAAGGAGUUGGGUGUUAAAGGAAGGUUUUAAGCAGCGCUGCAAAAUAAGUUGGCGCUGUAUAAAUACAUGUUAAUGAUAACAUUGUUAAUACACUUUAAGAAAUAUAUUGUUUCAAUAAUAAACAUUUUCUGUUGUAUGAAUCAGAUUUGAAAAUGAAUGUAAAUAAAAUUGAAAACGUUAGCACAAUGUGUGAAUGGGUUUAGGUGGGACUACAAUGAUCUGUCUGUGCAAAGUAGAGUUUGAUGUUGAGACACUAUUUAUCUCAUUGAAGAAAAACAUCUCCAGUUAUGUUGCCCAUAGCAACCACUCAGCAAUUAGAUUUCAACAGUCACCUACAAGUUAGAAAACAAAAGCAAAGAUCUGAUUGGUUGCUAUGGGCAAAAUCACUAAUAUAGGUGAUCUUUACACCUAUCUUGUAUACUGUGUCUCAUGAUGAUUAGAAUGAUUAAUAUGUGUCAACCCUAUUGCUCUCUCUGAAAGACCUGCAAUGUAUACCCAUUCACAAUGUAUGGUACUUUUUUAUUUUAUAAAA